AAGAAGAAGAAAUUGUAUGGUGUCAAGAUGCGGUCAUUUCUUUUAACAACAGCCAGUUUUCUCUUAACUGGAUUUGUUGUUGGCAAUGCGUAUUUUCAGAAGAAGCAGUUCUACCCGUCAGUGGUGUAUAUAACUAAGUCUAAUCCAAGCAUGGCUGUAUUAUACUUUCAAGCCUUUGUAUUUGUCACUCUCAUGGGAAAACUAAUGAGAAAAAUAUUCUUUGGACAAUUGAGAGCUGCAGAAAUGGAGCACCUGAUAGAAAGGUCUUGGUAUGCAGUCACAGAAACUUGCCUGGCAUUCACAGUGUUCCGUGAUGAUUUCAGUCCUCGCUUUGUGGCUCUCUUCACCUUGCUACUGUUCAUCAAGUGUUUUCAUUGGCUUGCGGAGGAUCGGGUUGACUAUAUGGAAAGAAGUCCUGUCAUCUCAUUUGUGUUUCACUGCCGAGUUUGGUCUCUGUUGAUGGUGUUGGGUUCUCUUGAUAUCUUUUUUGUGAACCACGCCUACUACAGUACACUGCUAAAAGGUGCAUCAGUGCAGCUUGUUUUUGGAUUUGAGUAUGCAAUUUUGUUCACGGUAGUGUUGAUGACCUUUGUGAAAUAUGUCCUCCACUCCCGUGAGCUUCAAAGUGAAAAUCCCUGGGAGCAGAAAGCUGUCUACCUCCUCUAUACAGAACUGAUCAUAGGAAUGGUCCGUGUUAUCCUGUAUGUAGCAUUUAUGACCAUCAUGAUUAAAGUGCACACAUUCCCAUUGUUUGCUAUCCGACCAAUGUAUCUGUCAAUGAGAUCCUUCAAGAAAGCAUUGCAUGAUGUCAUCAUGUCAAGACGAGCCAUUCGCAAUAUGAACACAUUGUAUCCUGAUGCAACUGCUGAAGAAUUGGCUGAGGGCGACAACGUGUGUAUUAUAUGUCGGGAAGAAAUGGCAACUAACUGCAAGAAACUGCCAUGCAACCACAUCUUCCAUGCGAGCUGUCUGCGGUCGUGGUUCCAGCGCCAACAGACCUGUCCCACAUGCAGAAUGGAUGUACUGCGCAUGCCGCGUCCAGAACCUGUACCAAUAAUACAGGAUAAUCAGGCAGAGCAGCAACGACAAUACGCCCAAGCUUUCUUCCAGCAAGCUUUUCCACAAAUGUGGCCGCCACCUCCAUUUGUACCUGGCCAGCCACCUCAUCCACAUCAGCUAGGACAGCAACAGCUAGGACAGCAACAGCCAGCACCAGCUCAAACUCCGACUCCGCCCAGUACACAGUCCCCAUCAGGGCCAAACCAGCCCUCGCCCUCGACCCAGUCAGGAGCAACUGGAGGCGCUGCAGCAUCACCAGCAUCCACUUUACCCACUGCUUUUCCUGCAUCAACUCCAGGUAUGCCGGGGGUGCCACCAUUCGACCCGAUGUUCAAUAUGAUGUCCUACAUGUCACCAUUUGGAUUUCCUCAGCCACCACAGACUUUGUCAGGUUUGUCUGAUGAAGAACUCAAGAACCUUGAAGGCCAAGAGCGGGAGAAUAUAGAAGCAAGAAUUCAGUGGUUACGAGAUAUCCAGUCUUUGUUGGAUGGAGCCAUGGUUCUCAUUAAUCAAUACAACCAAGUGGCAGCUCAGUCAAGUAUUCCAGGUAUUGCAGCUUCAUCACUGCGGUCUUCGACAACUCCAGGUACACCUGGAACAAUUCCAAAUAAAAUGGAAUCUACCCAGAGUACACCAAAUACCACAUCAGCAAAACUCGGAGGUGCCAAGCCAAAGAUAACUCCAGUAAAGAAAGAGAAUAGUUCUCCAGCAACAGAGCUGAAGAUGAAAAAUGGAAAAAUAGAACAAAAUAUAGAUUACUCUAAUUUAGAAGGUGCUGUGGGUUUCACGGCACCAACCGAAGACAGCAUACCCGAGUGGGAGGAUCCUCGCGAGGAACAGCACGAAGACGAGCUGCAUGAAGUGAGGAAAAGACGCUUACAAAAGUUUACUUCUGAAAGUAUAGAUCGAACGCAAGCCAAGUCAGAUCUUGAUUGAGCUAGCCAGUUGGAUGAAGAUUUGUGUGAAUGGGAAAUAAUUAUUUUAGACUUGUAUGUGUGCAACUAAAUGCCCAGACUUUGCCGAUUAGCAAGUCUGAUGCAAUAACCAGUAAGAAAUAAAUAGCAGACUUGAAAACUGGACAUCUUUUUCCUCGUUAUGUUGUGGGAGAGUCUUCAGUUUGGUCCUGUCAGUACUUCACAGUUUGGUUCUUUAUUGUGGUGUGUGUUGUUUUUUCAAUGAAUUGGUGAUUGGUAUUACUCAAAGCAGCUAAAGAGUACGUGAGAAAAACCUGUGAUCUGUUUUACUUGUGUUGUAAUAAAUGGUGUUAUUAAAUUUGUCAGAACAAAGAUAAAAAUGUUACUGAAGAUUACUGGAGGGGUACUUGUUUUAAUAAGUAAUUGACUUUACAAGAGAAUUUGACAAGAGAAUAAUUUUUGAAAAAGUUUCACUAACAAGUGAAACCCUUUAAUAGUGAUUACUUCUUUAUUUGUUCAACAAAAUAUUAACAGAAUUACACAUUUUCAGUUUUUUAAAUAGGUAAUUUAAUUAAUGUGCUAGUAAAUACAUACAAUGGAUUCUUGUGUACCAUUGACUGGUUUUCAUAAGUCUCGUACUUAAAAAAGUAUAUUGUGAUGGCUAUUUUCAUAAGUAAUAAAUUAUAUUAUAUAAAGUGAAUGCCAGUACAUUAUAUGCACUUAAUUUGUUCAGUUCCUCAUUUUAGUUUAUCAUAUGAAUAUUUUUUGAAGUACCAGUAUUGCAUUUCAUUUACAUUACUUUAUUAUGACAAAGAGUGCACUCAUGCACAAACUGUUAACCAGUGCCUGUGUAUUCUGUUCGUUAACAAAUGCAUGCUUUCUGUCUGAUUUAGUGUUAAUGUUGUAAAAAUCAUAAUCACCUUUGUCAUUUCACACUCAUUCUUCACAAUUAACCCAUCAAAACAUAAAGCCUUUAUGACAUCUCAUUUUGAAGUCCCAAUAUUGUUAAUGUUAUUUUCAUACCAAGACUAUUUCUGGCUACCUUCUUCCAUUACGAUGGACUACUUUUAAAAUUACAGACAUUUUUGUCUUAUAUAUUCUGUUAGAUGUGUCCUGUUUUUAUCCCACGUUGACCAGUGAAACUGUUACUGGGGAUGAGCACCAGUCCAUGGAUUGUGGUUGACAAAUACUGGUGUAUACAUGGCUCUUAAGCCCUGUGUGUGUACAUGGCUCUUAAGCCCUGCGUGUCUACAUGGCUCUGAAGCCCUGUGUGUGUACAUGGCUCUUAAACCCUGCGUGUCUACAUGGCUCUUAAGCCCUGUGUGUGUACAUGGCUCUUAAGCCCUGCGUGUGUACAUGGUUCUUAAGCCCUGCGUGUGUACAUGGCUCUUAAGCCCUGCGUGUGUCUACAUGGCUCUUAAGCCUUGCGUGUCUACAUGGCUCUUAAGCCCUGCGUGUCUACAUGGCUCUGAAGCCCUGCGUGUCUACAUGGCUCUUAAUCCCUGCGUGUGUAUACAUGGCUCUUAAGCCCUGCGUGUCUACAUGGCUCUUAAGCCCUGCGUGUGUACAUGGCUCUUAAGCCCUGCAUGUGUACAUGGCUCUGAAGCCCUGGCUCUUAAGCCCUGCGUGUGUAUACAUGGCUCUAAAGCCCUGUGUGUGUGUACAUGGCUCUGAAGCCCUGUGCGUGUACAUGGCUCUGAAGCCCUGCGUGCGUGUACAUGGCUCUGAAGCCCUGCAUGCGUGUACAUGGCUCUGAAGCCCUGGCUCUUAAGCCCUGCGUGUGUAUACAUGGCUCUUAAGCCCUGCAUGUGUACAUGGCUCUGAAGCCCUGCGUGUGUACAUGGCUCUGAAGCCCUGCGUGCGUGUACAUGGCUCUUAAGCCCUGCGUGCGUGUACAUGGCUCUGAAGCCCUGUGUGCGUGUACAUGGCUCUGAAGCCCUGCGUGCGUGUACAUGGCUCUGAAGCCCUGCGUGCGUGUACAUGGCUCUGAAGCCCUGCUUGUGUACAUGGCUCUUUAGCCCUGCUUGUGUACAUGGCUCUUAAGCCCUGCAUGUGUAUACAUGGCUCUUAAGCCCUGCGUGUGUAUACAUGGCUCUUAAGCCCUGCUUGUGUAUACAUGGCUCUGAUCCCUGCUUGUAUACAUGGCUCUUAAGCCCUGCGUGUGUAUACAUGGCUCUUAAGCCCUGCAUGUCUGUUGGAUUCUGGGUGGGUGUUCUCCCAUGCCAACCAGUGCCUUACCACUGGUACAUUAAAGGUUGUAGUAUGUACUGUCCUAUGGAAAGUGCAUAUAAAAGAUAUGUUUGACAUCAGAUAGCCAUUAAACAAAUAUUCUGUUCCUUUCCUAUUUUAGAAAAACAAAGAAUUUGAUUUUUUAAGAGGGGCAGGAUGUAGCUCAGUUGUAAAGUGCUCUGAUGAUGCGCAGUUAGUCUAGGAUCGAUUCCCAUCAGUGGGUCCAUUGGGCUAGUUCUCGUUCUAGCCAGUGCGCCAUGACUGGUAUAUUGAAGGCUGUGGUAUGUGCUAUCCCAUCUGUGGGAUGGUGCAUAUAAAAGAUCCCUUGCUACUAAUGGAAAAACAUAGCGUGUUUCUCCUCUAAAGCUGUAUGUUAAACUUACCAAAUGUUUGACAUCCAAUAGCCGAUGAUGAAUAAAUCAAUGUGCUCUUGUGGUGGUGGUAAAAAAACAAAUUGUUAAAUCCAAAAUUAUGCUCGAUACAGAUCUAUAAAUUAAUGUAAUUUUGGGAUUUUCUUUAGAAAUGUUGUAAUCUUUCAUAACAGAUUGACUAGAGGGAGAGCAAUUGUGGUGGCUCAUUAGCUAAGAUUGUUUUUUUUGCAUCUAAUUCAAUAAUCGUACAUUAUAUUGUAUUUAUUAGUAUUUGUUAGUAUCAUGGUUCAAUAAUUUUAGUGCAAAUGGAUGAUACACCCAAAUGAGUUUCAGGUAGAAUUCCUUUUUGUUCGUGCAGGAGUAUAAGAUUUAUUUUUAAUAUUUUUAGAGGUUAUUUUUUUACCAAAUUGGUAAAUGACCUGGUAAUCAUGGGAAACUGGGCUGUGUUCCAUUUCCAAGUCAAUCCAGUUACAUUUUGCCUACUGUAUUACUGGAGAUUAUUUGGCAGCAGCCUAGUACACACACUGACAUUUUUCAUUUCACUGAAAACCAGAAUUAUUAAUCAAAUAUACCCAUUCAGUUGGUAUUACACAAACAAAUUGUUACACUAGUCAUAAUAUUAUUGCAGGGGUAGUCUGUUGAAACAAGUUUCCAAUUCUUUUAUUCACUUAACAUUGUUUUAUUUUAAAUUUAUUGUUUGUCAAGUGUAAAAUGUUUAUUAUGGGUCUUUUAUCAUCAUUGCAUAAUUAUAUACAAGAAAUAGUGUUAUUUGAAAGAUGAAAUGAAGGUGUACAGGUGUAUUUUAUGUAUUUCAAAGCUGCAAACAUAUAUGCUAUAAUUAUAUAUUGUUUGGUAGUACCCCAGCACAGCAUUCAUCGGUUAUAUUGAAGGGUGAUGAGGAUUUUGUUUUUGGAUUGUUUAUUUAUAAUUGUCCAUCACAUAGGUAAUCAGAAUAAACGAUUGCCCACUUUGUUUUAGAAAUGGUACAUUUUUAAUGUAAAUUAUUUCCAGAAUGGUGAUUUUAUAAACAGUUAUGUCCAGUGUCACACUACAUGUAUGUCCAGUGAGGGUGGAAUGAAGUGGUUUCUCUUUGUUUUGAAAACAUAAAAGACCACUAUCCACAGUUGAUCUUUUAUAAUUUAAGAACUUGGCAAUAAAUCCUCAUUUAGAAUGAGCCCAUGCAAAAUGAAUCGGUAUCAUAUUUUUUUCAUCAGUAAUUAUUAAAUGUAUUUAGCGUAUGACCUGUGAUUAUACAUGAAAGGAACUGGUUAUACUUCCUGUUACUGAGGAAGGUCAAGAAUAAUGCUGUGUUCAUUAGAAAUCUCUGAACACAACUUGUGAAUUGAGGUGGGAUUUUCUGUCUCCAAUCAUCACAACUUGUGGAAAAUAUAGCGGAACAAACACACAUCAUUCGUGCAAAUAUGUGUUGGGGUGUGUGAGAUUCCAGUGACAAUGCAGGUUGUUUAUAAAUCGCAUGAAUGGUCACCACUUAGUGAAGUCAUGCUCACAAUUUGGAACUUGUGAAUUCACAAUAUUCACGAGCACCAUAUGAAUGCAGCAUAAAACGAGAAACAUUUCAUCUUGGGCUCCAAACUGCAAUAUGGUUGGUGUAUAACAUUUUAAAUAUGAAGAAGAUCAUUGUCAAAGGAAUAUUGAUAUGACAUGCAUUCUGGUCAAUAUUAUCAUGGAUCACAUGUAAAAUGUCUGGCAUCUGUGGUGCGGAAUUAUGAUUUAUUUUGCAAUCUUUUGAGCAAUUGUAUCCCAAGUAGAAAUGACAUUUACAAAUCCUGUUUUGUAAAUAAAAAUUGUUGUAAUAUAAAA